UACAUAUUUAUGAUCAUGCACCAUUCUCUUCUUAUAGCAAACAACAGCAAGUUUCUGUCUGACUUUAGGAUACGACAUGGUAGCCGUCUGCAAGUGGAUGACUUUCUGCAGGAUUACACACUCCUGGUUAACGUGAUUCACUGUGAGGACUUGGAGAAGGAUGUGGAGUUUGAGGUGGUGGGUGACGCCCCUGACAAAGCCCCAACCCCACCCGGUGCACAAGAGGACAAGAAUGUUGCCAACGGCAACAAAGACUGCAGAACCGUCCACCUCUUCAAAAGGUGAGCAAAACUGACAUUG